AUGGAGAGGCAGAGGAGCUCCUCCUCCUCGUACCGGCUCUUUAGUCCCAAGUGCCUCCUCCUCCUGUCCUUCGGCUCCUCCUCCCUCCUCUUCUCCUUCCUCUUCGCGCUUUUCGUCGUCCGCCACGGCCGCCCCCUCCACCUCCCAUUCGCCAUGCCCAACGACUCCACCGCGGCCCUUGCACGGUCACCGCCUCUUGGGAGCGGUGGGGGUUCCAUGGUCGGCGCAGUGGCGCUCGCGCCGGAGGCCGGUUAUGCGGUCCGUGGGCGCGGGAGUGGAGAUUCAGUGGCGGAUGGAGCCCUCCACGCGGUUGCCGGAGACCUGUCGGCUCGGGGCGUGGGCUCGGCAAUGGAGGUGGAAGAAGCGGUUACCGGAGGAGGAAAUGGUGGAGCACCCGCGACUGGUAAGGUUUUGGAGGUGCAAGAGAUUGCAGAAGCUGGGAAGAACUCUAUUGGAGCCUCGGAUUUGGCUAUGGAUGCUAAAGAAGUGCCCGGUGUGGGAGGAGAUGACGAGAAGUUGGGGAAAUUUUCCGUUCGGAAGGAAAACUUGCCCGAGGACAAGGAUCUUAGCAGACAACACGCUGGUUCGGAAACAAAGACGCAGUUAAAUGCUGGCACUGGCAAUGCGUCUGCUUCACAGGAAGUAGCUGCAUCAAUGGUGAAAUCGGAGGGAGGAGAGUCUCUGAGAACUGUCAAUUUAUCCGUCGAAGCUUCAGGUGCUGCAAUGGAGGUGAGUGGUGAAUCUGUGCAAGACGAUCUUGUGGUUGUGGGGGAUAAGCACAACUCCUCAGUACAAGCAGCUUAUGCUUCUCAACAAGGGGAGCAACUUGAAAGCUCAGAUCAUUCAGCAGGGAAUAAUAAUUCUGGGGGAGCUCCGGUCAAUCAAAAUAAGCAAGAUCCUAAUCUGAUUGAGGAAGCGGUCACGAGCAAAACGGAUUCUACACGAAGCAAUACCAUACAUUGUGAUGUUUAUGAUGGGAGUUGGGUGUUUGAUGAGACCUAUCCACUCUACACGAGCGAUUCAUGCCCGUUUAUAGAUGAAGGAUUCAGCUGUGGAGCAAAUGGAAGAAUGGAUCAAAGAUACAUGAAGUGGAGGUGGCAGCCUAAGCAUUGCAAUAUACCGAGGUUUAAUGCUAGGAAAAUGCUUGAGAUGCUGCGAGGAAAGCGACUAGUGUUUAUUGGGGACUCCAUUAACAGAAACCAGUGGGAAUCCAUGAUGUGCUUGCUGAGAACGGCUGUCUCAGAUCCUGGAAGGAUUCAUGAAACCCAUGGCCGCAGGAUUACUAAAGAGAAGGGUGAUUACAACUUCAAGUUCUUGGACAACAACUGUAGUGUGGAAUAUCAUGUGACACAUUUCUUGGUGCAUGAAAGCAAGGCGAGAAUUGGCCAGAAGCGCAUGAAGACACUACGGAUCGAUACCAUUCAUCGGAGCUCAUCAAGAUGGAAAGGUGCUGAUGUGCUUGUGUUCAACACUGCCCAUUGGUGGUCGCAUCACAAAACACAAUCUGGAGUGAACUAUUAUCAGGAGGGAGACCAUGUUCAUCCCCAUCUCGAUGCCUCUACCGCUUUCCAAAGAGCACUAACCACCUGGGCAUCCUGGGUGGACAGGUACAUCAAUCCACAGCUAACUCAAGUGUUCUUCCGAAGCUCAUCCCCGUCGCAUUUCAGCGGUAGGGAGUGGAAUUCAGGGGGACACUGCAGAGAGAGCAUGCUGCCCCUUAAUGACACCCAUGCUAAGCCGGAUAGAUGGUCACCCAUCUGUAUAUGGCCGGAAGACGAUAGAUUUAACCGCAUCGAGCGUACAGGAUUGCAGCCACUGGUGCCUUCCUGGAGUCCCAGAUACAUGGAAUGA